AUGCUGAUGAUGUUUAAAAACAUUCGUCCUAGGGCGUGGCUCGUAGAUUGGAUCCCGAUCCUGGACUCCCUCCCCGACGCGUUGGCCCCUUGGCGCGCUUCCGCAAUCGAAAUUCGAAACCAGAUCAUGCCGUUCUUCCUCGUCUUCUACAAGGUCAUGAAAGAAAGAGUGAAGAACGGCACCGCGCCUGACUGCUUUUUGGCCCGCCUUCUGAAGGAGGAGGGGUCAAAGUUCGACGAGACGGAGCCUCCCCACAUUAUUGCAAAAACGAUGGCGGCCGGCACUGACACUACUGCCACAACGCUCCAGUGGUUCUUCAAAGCGGCAGUGCUGUUCCCAGAAGCAAUCAAAAAGGCGCAAGAAGAGGUUGAUCGAGUCGUGGGACGUGACCGCCUUCCAAGUUGGGAAGACCGACCUCAUUUCCCGUACAUUACAGCCGUCGUGAACGAGACGCAUCGAUGGGCGACCGCUACCCCUUUGGCUUUUCGGCGCAUCUAUGCCGUCCAUAAUGACCCCGGAAUUUUCGCACAGCCGGAGAAGUGGGUUCCCGAAAGAUACCUCCCCUGCAACGAUGAUAGAGCCGCUCCCGAGGCCAAUCAUGCAGGUCUGCACUACGCUUUUGGUGCAGGGCGCCGAGAAUGCCCUGGUAAGCAUGUGGCGGAUGCCAGUCUUUAUAUCAUGAUUAGCCGCAUCUUGUGGGCGUUUGACAUCGAGGGGAAUCCUAAGAAGCCUCCAUCUCCGGGUUAUUCCGACGCAUACCCCGUAUUUGGCCCUGUCCAGUUUGAAGCAAGCGUAAAACCGCGCAGUGAAAUUGCUAUACAGAUUAUCCGCGAGAAAGCAGAGAUGAAUCGACCGGCAGAGACGGAAGACUCGACGGUCUACGAUAAGCUCAUUGCUGACCUACCAUAA